AUGGAUAUUGAAAACAAUUUCUCCCAAAUUUCACCACCAAUCUUUGAUGGUGAGAAUUACCAAGCCUGGGCUGUUAGAAUGACAGUCCACUUGGAAGCAUCAGAUCUUUGGCAAGCUAUAGACCAGGACUAUGAGGUGGAUCCACUGCCUGCAAAUCCUACGAUGGCUCAACUGAAGAUACACAAAGAAAAAACAUUGAGGAAGUCCAAAGCUAAAGCUUGUAUGUUCUCUGCUGUUUCAAGUUCUAUAUUUACAAAAAUUAUAAACUUAAAGAUAGCAAAUGAUAUAUGGGAUUUUCUAAAGAAAGAGUACCAAGGAAAUGAGAGAACCAGAAACAUGCAAAUACUUAACCUAAUCAUAGAGUUUGAAAUGGUGAAGAUGAAGGAGUCAGAAACCAUUAAGGAGUACUCCAAUAAUCUCAUCGGCAUAACUAAUAAGAUACGGUUGCUUAGUAAGGACUUUUCUGAUGAUCGGAUUGUGCAAAAGAUCAUUGUAACCUUACUUGAGAAGUAUGAGUCAAAGAUUUCUUCCUUGGAAGAAUCUAAAGAUCUGUCAAGCAUAUCCUUGGCAGAAUUGGUACAUGCAUUGCAGGCACCAGAACAAAGGAGAAUGCUGAGAAACGAAGCACCAAUAGAGGGUGCUUUUCAAGCAAAGGCAGAAGGCUCAGGAGGAGGUGAUAGGAAGAACUUCAAAAAGAAAAAGGCUGGCAACAACAAGAAUGAAACAUAUCCACCAUGUCCACACUGCAAAAAAACAAAUCACCCACAAAGGAAAUGUUGGUGGAGGCCUGAUGUCAAGUGCAGAAAAUGUGGUAAGACGGGACAUAUGGAGCGUAUUUGCAAGUCCCAACAACAUGAAGAAGCUAAAGCUUCUACAGAGCAAUAUGAUGACGAUCAACUGUUUGUUGCAACAUGUUUUGCAACAAUCGACAGCUCAAGUGAUUCCUAG